ACAUUUCCCUUCACGACAAUCCUCUAAUGUAGACCCUUAGUGUUAAACGAAUGAAUAAUUACAUCCUCAUAAGACCGACAGCCUGACAUUAUUCGGGUUAAAGCAUUUCAACGCUGAAGACUUGGACUUCUAUUUCUGUGAAGAUCUGCAAUGAAUGUUGUUUACCCAGCAGGUGGAUAUGACGUCACGGACUUGGAACAUCAGAAAAUAACAAUUUUCUAAAUCCGCGAUUGCAUUUUCUUUCAAGAUUGAUUAAAUGUAAUAACAUUAGAAGGAGCUCGCUCUCAUAUUCGCGACAGCAGGUGGUGUGAAACUGUUGAAUCUUUUCCUCGAAACGGUGCUCUUCGUGAAUGCAGCAGAGAUUUCAGCUCGCAGUUAAAGUUAGUCCCCAUGCGGAGUAAUAUUGUUAGUAUUUACUGUGUGAUUGUUGCAUGCUUUCUUGGUACACAAGAUCGCUUGUACAGUUCAUUAUCUGUAGCACAGAAUUUUGUCCACUGCGUGCACCUUCAAUUGUCGAUUCCGGUAAGCAGCACCCAGUUUAAAGCAGACAUCAGGGGCUCUACCAUAUGCUGCAAUCUGUUUCCAGUUGCCAGAGGAGACCUCCACACCUGUUUCUCUCAACUAUCCAGUCUGCAAGACACGUGUUAUCUGUGAACCAUUGAUGGUCUGAUCCCCGAAGAGCCGAAUUGUCACUGAAAGAAUGGAAUGCCAGUCUUUCCUGUACGAAUGAGAACGGGCUAGGAGGCUGAAGUCACAACGCUGGAACUGAAGAUUGCUUUAAAGAAGCAAGUCCUUGUAGAAGGUUGUUAAGUCAUGAUGCAAGAAUCUGGGACGGAGGCGACAAACAACAGCCCAGCCAAUCAAAACGGAGCAGUGAACUUGGAGGGCGGAGCCAGAGAGGGCAGGGACACCAGGCCUGAGAGUGCUACUCCGUCUGUGGACGUGACGGCCGCUGACCUCCUUCAUCUCCAGCAGCACCAGGCACUCCAGGUAGCUCGCCAGAUCCUCCUUCAACAACAGCAGCAGCAGCAACAGCAGCAACAGCAACUACAGCAACUACAGCCUCAACAAAGCGCUGGUCUCAAAUCGUCCAAAGCCAAUGACAAGCACCAAAGUCUGCAGGUCCCAGUGUCAGUGGCUAUGAUGACACCCCAGGUGAUAACCCCCCAGCAGAUGCAGCAGAUCCUCCAGCAGCAGGUCCUGAGCCCCCAGCAGCUCCAGGUGCUCCUGCAGCAGCAACAGGCCCUCAUGUUACAGCAGCAGCAACUCCAAGAGUUCUACAAGAAGCAGCAGGAACAGCUCCACCUCCAGCUAAUCCAACAGCAGCAUGCCGGCAAGCAGAGUAAAGAGCAGCAGGUGUCGGCCCAGCAGUUGGCCUUCCAACAGCAGCUCCUCCAGGUCCAGCAGCUCCAGCAGCAACACCUGCUCAACCUCCAGAGACAGGGCCUGCUCUCCUUCCAGCCUGGCCAGACCGCCCUGCCCCUGCACUCGCUCACCCAGGGCAUGAUUCCAGCAGAGCUGCAGCAGCUGUGGAAGGAGGUGACAAACACUCACGUCAAGGAGGAGAACAACAUCAGCAACAACGGCCACCAUGGGCUCGACCUGUCGUCCCCGGCGCCGCCGCCCAAGAACCCUCUGCUCAGCCAGCAUGUCUCCACCAACGGCCAUUACAUGAACCACAAGAGAGAAUCAUCCACACUCGAUGACCAUUCUCCCCACAGCCACCCUCUCUAUGGCCAUGGAGUGUGCAAGUGGCCCGGCUGUGAGGCGGUGUUUGAUGACUUUCAAUCAUUCCUCAAGCAUCUUAACAAUGAACACGCCCUGGACGACCGGAGCACAGCCCAGUGUCGAGUGCAGAUGCAGGUCGUACAACAGUUGGAGCUGCAGCUAGCGAAAGACAAAGAGCGUCUUCAAGCCAUGAUGACGCAUCUCCAUGUCAAAUCCACAGAGCCCAAAGCCAACCCACAGCCACUCAACCUGGUGUCCAGCGUGACUCUCUCCAAGACUGCCCCAGCGUCCUCACCCCCCUUGAGCCUGCCCCAGACGCCCACCACCCCCACGGCCCCCCUGACGCCACUGUCCCAGACCCAUUCCGUCAUUACCGCCAACAGCCUGCACAGUGUGGGCCCCAUGCGCCGGCGCUACUCCGACAAGUACAACAUGCCCAUAUCCCCAGAUAUUGUCCAGAACAAGGAGUUUUACAUGAACGCAGAAGUGAGACCUCCGUUCACGUACGCCUCGCUAAUAAGACAGGCCAUCCUUGAGUCACCGGAAAAGCAGCUAACACUAAACGAAAUCUACAACUGGUUCACACGAAUGUUUGCAUAUUUCAGACGCAACGCAGCCACAUGGAAGAACGCAGUCCGGCAUAAUCUUAGUCUUCACAAGUGUUUUGUGCGAGUAGAAAACGUAAAAGGGGCAGUGUGGACAGUGGACGAACUAGAGUUCCAAAAGAGACGCCCUCAAAAGAUCACUGGAAGUCCAGCGUUAGUGAAGAACAUCCAGACAAGCUUAGGCUAUGGACCAGCCCUGUCUGCUGCCUUCCAGGCUUCAAUGGCAGAAAACAACAUACCUCUAUACACUACUGCUCCCACCCUCAACUCCCUGGCAAACGCCAUCCGAGAGGAGAUGAACGGAGCGAUGGACCAUGGAAACAGCAACGGCAGUGACAGCAGCCCAGGACGCUCUCCCUUGCCAGCUAUGCAUCACAUCAGCGUUAAAGAGGAACCACUGGACCCUGAGGACCACGAAGGCCCCCUCUCCCUCGUGACAACAGCAAACCACAGUCCAGAUUUCGAUCACCACAGAGAUUAUGAGGACGACCAGGGGCAUGAUGACAUGCUGUAAGGCCUGCCCCCACUGGGACUCCUCCCCAGAGGCAGAACAAACCCUCGUCAUCUGUGAGAUGGAGCAACUCCACAGAUGCAAACAAGACUUGCAGUCUCAGCCCUCUGAUGUCAGCUGGCAAAUGUUUCAAUUGACUUUUAGUGCCAUUAUAAUACACAGUAAAAAAACACAAAAACAAGAAUAUAUCCCACUUGGGAGUAUUUUUGAUUUAUUUCUACUUUUGGUUUCAGUGAACUGAAAGCAAACAAACUUAAUUUCUACUCAACUUGGUUUGGAUGGACCAGUUUGGUACUGGGGACUAGUUCCUGUUCAGGAGGCCAGGAUCGAUAUGGACCUGUCCUGCACUGUGCAGCCAGGAUGGACUGCAUGCAGCCCACUGCACCCCACUGAGCACGGACUGCAGAGGGCUUCCCUCUCUCUCACACACACACACAUACACACACAGCUGACCACAACUCAAGACAGACUGACAGACAUUUACAUUACACCGUGUGUGUGUGUGUGUGUGUACAUUUUGUUCAUUGUCACUGCCUUCAAAACUUCAUUGGUUUGCUUCCAUCUAUGGGGUGGGAGGGAUGUUUUGGGUGUGUUUUGAGGGUGAAGGGUUAUAAAAUAUAAAUGUAUGUGUCUUUUCAUUGUUCAUUGCUGUCGUUGUUGCAUUUUUUUUCCCUUAACUGAUCAGACCUCAUGCCCAUGCUGUGGAGAUUCUGUAUGGUCAGCACUUGAUGAUGAAUGUUUAUGAUUUACUUUCAUGUUGUUCCAUAUCUUUUUAUACAUGAAGCAGAAUGUCAAAUACCAAGUAGUAUUUUUCUGUCAUUUAUACCACAUGCUUCAGAAUUCCACCUCCCUGACAUGUCGCCCCCUCCCUUACCCGAUUCUCCCAGCUCAUGAAGUCCAUCUGCAAUGCACUACUCGUAAUGAAGGUUCUCUCCACGCAUCAAUGAAGUUUAAUUUAAGAUGGGAAUGAAUGACAGAGAAAUCAUGCAGGUUAUGAUUUAUCCUUAUGAAAUUAAACUUUAAAUCAGCCCUUCACGCCAGAGCAUGUUAGCUGCAACCAAAUUUUUGAUCAUUUACAAGCUCCAGUUUAAAAAGAAAAAGAAAAUGUCAGGUGUGCAGGGCAAAGAUAACAUUCUAGACCAACAAAUUGUGAUUCCUCAACACAACUGUCAUUGUAGAUGAAACAUUAGUUUUCCAUGCUGUAAUUUCAAUCAUGAGUGACUAUUUGGCCAUCCUUGAAGAUAUCAAAGUAGUCAUUCCCUGUAGUUUUAAGGUUUUCCGCCAUAUGCAUGACUCGUUGACUCUCACAGUUUUCACUGAGUAUUAAUAAUUACACAUUCAAGGAAAUAUUAUUUGUCCCUAAUACAUUGUAGGAAUAAUCCUGGCAAUAACAACUGACCAUUGUGCAUUCCAUGUGGUAUACGUUCCACCCUCCAGCCUCCCUUCCCCUUUUAAAUCUCUGAGGGAAUGGAGUAUCGCUUAGGUUCAACACCAGUAGAACCUAACAGGGUAGUGAUGUUGGCCCAACAUUUAAGAAGGUGGACUCAGUACAGGUGUACAGCUUCUGGGACAGUGAUGCUCCUGUAUACGCUCUUCCCAAGUUAGGUAUAGGAGAAAAAACUGAAUACAAAGAUUCCCAACCAUAACCAAGACUGUAACAAACCACUUUGCAUUAUAAUUUAUUACUUUUAUCAUUUCAGUUUUGAAUUGACUUUAGUUUUAGUUGUUGUGUCUGAUAUAUUGUUCUGUGACUACCAAAGAAAAACUACAAAGUCAAAUGUUUUCUGUUCCAUGCAAUAGCAGAUAAGGCCAAAUAUCCUCCAUUCUCUCCCAUUAGAUGUUAAAGGGUAUUUUAAUGGAGAAUAGUCUCAGCUGUGUUAAGCCAAUGGCAAAUUUAUUAGACAAAAAUGCUCUUCAAGUUGUUUGACUGUCAUUCAAUUUAAAGCCAAAGGGGUCUCUUGAAGAGUACAGUAGCUGCAGGGGUUUGCAGUGUCCAAAACGGGAGGUGAAAGGGACGUGUAUAGUCAGAUAAACAUAUGACCAAAUUAGGGGAACAUUGUCUGCAGGCCAAUGAGAGGAAAGGGGAGAACUCAACUAAAAAAGCUGAUUUCUGUGCGUAAAGGGUAUAUGGAUAAAAGUUUGGCUAGGAUUAUAAUGAUUUAAACCAGAGGGCGUUGCAGAGAACAAUGUGAAAUGGAUUCUAUACUUCAACUGGACCACACAAUGAUUCAAUGUUUUGUUUAUUUUUUAUUCUUUAUGAAUUUAUAUCUUUUCAAACGAUUGUAUGCCACUUUUAGGGGAACCUAGUAUCUUGACAGGACUCCACUGUUCUUUGUUAAAAUUGGCAAGGCUUUAUGAUUGUUUAGUUUCUGUCAACUUAUUACUUUUUAUAUUAAAAAACACUCCUGUCAACUAAUAAGCUGGGUACAAGGUACUUGAUGGCAGUUAUUUUAAACUUUCUCCAUGCAUUUGUUAUUAAUUUAAAAGAGCAACCUGUGGUUUUCAGAAAAUAUUUCAUAUCCAGAGAGCUGUGGGAUGGGUCAGUAGAAGCCUGACUGGGAUCGUGAGAACAACGCAAGCUCAUCCAAAGCCAGACCUUCACUGGUUAACUUGUCAUUCAAUAAGGGGGAAACGCUGGUAGAUUCGAACAUUCUCAGCAUGUGUAGCUUGACAUUACUAAAGAUAACAGCAUGAGAAAACUGUUAGAACGCAUACCUCAGUUCAAACCUAUAGGGAAUGAUUCAAUUAGAAGAGGAAAAUAAACAUUUCACUCAGUUGCACUUAGAUGUAUGUCUUGCAUGUGUAGUCUAAACUGUAGAGAGAAAGAUAUUAUAAAAAAGACUAAAAAAUGGUAAGAAUAUGAAAUUAGAGCUUGUUUAUCUUGAUGGGUCUCACAUCAUUUUUGCAAAACCAAUCCAAACCUCAGGCCUUUUCCAUGAAGAAAUCACCCAGCUUUAUUUAAUACCAUCAAUUGUUUUUCCACGGUCUGUUCUUAGAUAUACUGAUGUAUUGUUUUGUGUGCUUUCCAAUAUAAGAUUGUACAUACAUAUCAGUAUAGCCUUGUGUCCUCUUCCCUUUUCUCACUUUGUUUCCUUCAAAGAUCAAUAUAUUAUGUUUGCUUUAUCACAACUGCGUUGUAUUAACUAUGAAAUAGCUAUGAAAACCUGCUGUACAUGUAUGUAUUGGAAUAGCAAACUGUGCUGCAAAUGUAUUUUACUUAGUAAUCCUUGCUUUUAAAAAGUCAUCCAUGCAGACAUCUGGACGAGAUGGGCGGGGUGGGGGAUUAUCCCCGAUUUUGGAUUUUAAACUGUAAAAUAGAAAACAGACUUUUCUCUGUUAUCAUUGACCUAAGCAUUUUGUACAGAUUUUUUUCUUCUUUGUGUUAAGCUGGUUUUGAUACUUCCACUUCCUUUUGAUGGUCCAGCCACUGCCUUCUGUGGCUACAUGUUUCAGAUUACUGCUCAGAGAAAGGGCAGACAGGUAUAUUUCCUCUACAAGACGGAGAUCACUUGCAUGACUAAUUCCAGGGUCACAGAGAUGAGAAAUAUUGAGUGGUCAGUAAUAAUAUAAGGGUGUAUCUAAUGAUAUUUUAUAUUAAACUAAUAGGUAAAAGAAGAAAAAUAUGCAGUGCCAAGAUGUAAAGAUUAUUGUUAAAUGCUGUUUUUGUUUUUCAUUCAUACAGUGCAACCAUCAGAAAUGUGGUCAUGAUCCUCAUCAUCAGUCAGUUGGUGAAACAGUAGACACCGCUUUAAGUUGGCCUCUAAAUAUAUAUUUUUUAUCUCGA